GUUCUCUCUAGGUCACGCGCCAAUCGUGUGGCGGUCACAUCUAUUGUCCGAGUACUGUUUAUGGUUUAUAACAACUUCCUUACAUAACAGUACUGAGUAACUGUUGAUAGUCAAUCUCGUGCAGUGUUGUCAGCAAAAAAACCAUAAAUCAUUCCAUUAACCAUAGCAACUUUUUGGUAAACGGAGCGGAAUGUUUAGGAUGGAUUUCAGGGAGCUUAAUGAAUAAGUAUGCUUACUCCUCCAAAGAAUGAAUGAGUCGUCAAAUCGUAACUCCUUAGUCGGUAGAAAUACUGGAUUGAAUCCCAACGUCAUGCGUGAUAGUUUGCGUGUGCUUAACUCUUCGUGUGCUGUGACAGCAACUACUCAUGCUCUUGAAAAUCGGUUAAAUUAUCCACCGAAUACUUCGAAUCACGGGUAUUUAUACUCCGAAAAUGGUUUCAAUAAGUCUAUCUCCACUUUUCCCAAUUGUUCGGUUGAUUCCUGCUUUCCUAGUCUCACUGUCUCAAUGGAACAGAAUUUGGUUACCGAUUAUUCCCAGUGUCAUUCAUGUGGUAGCUCUCCACCACCUCCAGCAUUAUCUCCCGUCAGUUCCUCUCCUACUCAUGGAAGCAACAACCAAAAUAACCAACCUUCCUCCCCUUCUCCUCCAAUCAUAGUUGCUGAAAUUCGAGGUCCUUCAUCCAUUUCAUCUCACUCAGCUUCCGAGAAAAGCUCUCAUCCCAGGGGUGCAUUUAAAAUGAAUCAACAUGCUUCUCAAAUUCUGAGUAAACCACCGAAUUCUAGUUGCCCAAGGAUAGCAAGUGAUAUGUUUAUGUCUAGUUCGAGUAGUUCAUCUUCGUCUACAUCUUCCUCCUCAAUUUUGAAUGAGGCUAACCAUGCUGCUAAUGGUUUGCCAAUUCUCGAAAAAAUUUCUAUUGUUCUUGGUUCACCAAGACGACCAGUUGGCGAAAAUUCAAUAAUUCGCGCAAAUAACACCGAUUCACCUUUAAAAAAUGAAGAUGCAAGACUUCCGAAAUUGGUUCUAGAGAAUCAUGUCUAUCCAUCAAACAGUAGAGAAAACUCCCUAGAGAAGGUUGAUGAACCCGUCAAAGUUGACUCGUCUGUUGCAAAUGAAGAUACUAAGUCGAAUGUAUUGAAUGAAAAGUCUAAAGUAGCAACAAAACGAAAAACAUCAGCCCGAUCAAGACGUCGAACUAAAUCACGAAAAAUUCGAGGCGAUUCUGAUUCGGAUUUCGAGCCAUUUUCCCAGUCUCAAGCAGGUGGAUCUCGUGGUAGAGCCGAUGCCAGAGCUCUUAUUCGUCGAGUUCAACAAAAAGUCAGCAAUAAAAAGUCUAUUGCUGGUGUUACAUCUGACACUGCUGGUGGGACCAGUGCAGAUAUUGCAAUGCGCAGAAAGUAUUUAGAAUCACCUUUUUUAUGUCUUUGUCAAGCUGGAGGAACAGUUUCUAGUCUUAUGAAAACUUCGGACAACUUCACUAAAUACAAUUGCAUUCCUUCUGGAUCUAAAAUAGUCUGUAAUAAUUCAACAACUAAUAAUGAGUUGAUUGAUAUGAAUUCAUCUUUUUCUGCCCAUAUAAUUAACCCAGCUUUACGUGACUUGUCUGUUCAACAAGUUAAUGGAUACAUCUCUCAUUGUACCAUGCCUGUUAGUUGUCCAUUCAAAGCUAAUCUAACUGGAAGUGCAUCAAUUAAAGUUGAUAAACAUGACAUUGGCAUUGAAUCUCGUAGUAUUCUCACAGGUAUUACAUAUAGACCUUCAGGACCUCUCCGGGUACGUGACUAUCAGUUCCCAACCUCAGUAAAUCCUAAUAGCCUUUGGAUAUGUGCCUUCUGUGGUGAAGAUAACAAUUAUACUGAAAUUGGUUGUUUAUAUGGUCCCUAUUGGCUUACAGAAGCAGAUAUGAAGCAAUUACCUUCAGAGCUCAUUUAUGAUUCCACCAAUGAAUAUCAGUCCUCUGAUACAGUGACUCAGUCUGAUACACCUAUGACUCCUGUAUCCAGACGUGCAAGAAGUAUAGAAAAGGCAAUUCGUUCUGGUGUGAUUACUUCGACUACUACACGAUCGGCAGCAGCCCAAGGACGUCCUACAGCUGCUAAUACUGGUGUUCUUCGCCUAGUUAUCAAAGCUUCAAAUAGUAUGAUAAAUAAUGAUCACUCUUCGACAAAAAAUUCACCCGAUCUAUCUAAGAUAACAAACUCUUGCAGGCCUAGAGUUGGAUCAAACGGUGAAGUCUGGUUUCAUUUUGAAUGUGUACUUUGGGCUCCUGGCACUUACCUAAAUGGAAAUGGUGCUGUUGGCGGUCUUGGUGAUGCAUUACAAUUAGCCCUUAAUGCACAUUGUUCACAUUGUCAAAGACCUGGAGCAAUUCUAAGUUGUUGUAACCGAGGAUGUAAUUUGAGUUAUCAUUAUCAAUGCGCACAUAGAGCUGAAUGUCAUUUGGAUCGAGAUCAAUAUAUUUUGCUGUGCAAAAAGCAUCAUAUCUAUUCAUAGUCAGUUGAUCCACUGGCAAAACAACAGAUAUAUAUACUUAUUAUAAUGAUUACGAAGUAUUUGUUUUUAUUACUGUUCCACGUUUAUAUAUCCUAACAUAUUUAGUUUUUUUUUAAAAAAAUAGAAGCAUUGUUUUGUAAAGAUAUCUUGUAUAUGUAUGUAGGUAGAUAGGUAUGUUUGCACGCAUUUUUUUCUUCAAUGAUAUGAUGUGUUGUAUAGAUGCUUAAUAAUUAUUGGAUCUAAAACACAGAAAUAAGUGAACACUUUCUUUCCUAUGGCUUCACUACAUGUGAACAAACCACAAUGUAGGAAGAAAGAAAUAGUGAUUGUACAGUUUUUUUCCCCCAUCUUUCUUUCUUUCGUUCUCAUCAUACACGUUUUGUUUGUUUGUUUAUUUGUUUGUUUGUUUGUUUAUCGUACAUGUACGUAUUUAUGCUCUUCAUAUUAUUAUUUUUUUUUUAUUUUCCCUACUUUGACUCAAACUUAAUCCAAUAGUAAUGAUAAUGAUCAAAAAUCACAAUCAAAUCUGCUUAUCCAUCUAAUUUUAUUCAUGUAUUUUAUCAAUGAAUUUAUUUCUCUAUGCAUGUAUAUCUAUCUAUGUAUCAAUUUAUUUAUGUAUAUGAAUUUGUUGGAAGAUUAUGCCUUUUAUAUUUAUUCUUUUGAAAAUGUGUGUUUAUAUCUAUGGGAACAAGUGACAAAUUGGUGGAAGGUGGUGGCAUUUGAGAGCAGUUGAUGAAAAUAUUUAUACCUAGUAGCUUAUGUGUGCAUGUGUGUGAAUAAGUAUGAUCCUUCUGAAUUUAUUUUGAUCUAUUAAAAAAUACCAAAAUAAAUUCAAUAUUAAUUAUAGUGUAUACAUGUUCUUAAAUGCUGAGAGAAACAAUUCCACUUAGAGUUGUAUAUUCUGAUAAUUUCCAGUUGAUUUUUCAAAAUUACCACUAUUCUUUUUUGUCUUAUCUGUUGGUUUUCUUUCCAUAGUAGCAUUCACUUGUAUAUGAAAGGCGUUUGUUAGUUUUGUUUUCUAGUUAAUUGUUUUUACUAUAAUUGUGCUUCUCUUAUUGUGUGUUCUUAAUAAGAUUACUUCUAUGUGUGUAUAAAAGGUCAUGAUACUGAUAUAUAUAUUAUAACAGUCUAUGGGCCUACAGAUUGUGUCCAGUACCUGACCUUCUUAUAUGCUGUUUAUUUGUUUGUAAUCGUGACCUUAUUUUAUAACAUGAAAAUUUUGCGUUUAUAUAUAUUUGUGCACCAAGUGAAUUAUUCUCAACUACUUUAAUAUGGUGGACGACACUACUUCUAUCAUUUCGUUUUCUGCUGACCAACUUGAGUAAGAAUUCCUGGUUUGUUUAGAAGCUUUUUUGGUAGAGAACCCAGCAAAACUAAUUUACAUACUAGUUAACUCAAUAUGUAUUGACCGAAUUCAAUGAUUAUUAAUUGCGAAGUUAAUUACUCAGUAAUCGUCACUUUGCAUAAAAUCACAAUGAAAAUGCCUUGAAAUCGAC